AUGCAUGCUGCAAUUAAAUCUAACAAAGAUACAGCUCCAGAGAUAGAGAGAAUCUCAUACUCCAUGAUUAGCCAUCUAGGUUCUCAAGCCACACAGAUAUUACUUCUUCUCUUCAAUAAAUCACUUGAAGCUGGCCGCCUUCCUAAAGCUUGGAAAGAUUUAGACAUUCAACCUAUACCAAAGUUAUUCUGCCGUACAUCACUCCUUUCUUGCUUCAAUAUAACCAUGGAAAGGGCCAUUUUAAGAAGAUUAAGAUUCAUGAUAAACCACUCACAUAAACACUUCUUUGCCUUCUGCAAAGGAUUUGGCACCGGCGAAAAUCUUGCCACAAUACACAGCCUUUCGGAUGGCAAGGAUUUCAUUAUUGUAUUUCUUGAUCUCGAAAAGGCCUUUGAGCUUGCAAACAAGGAAGCCAUCAUCAGCACACUUGCCUCGAGAGGAAUAUCUGGAAAAUUACUUCAAUGGUGUAAUGACUACCUCCUGGAAAGGAAAGCUUGUAUCCUGCCAAACUCCCACAUAAUUGCAUAUGCUGAUGACAUACAGCUGAUUACCACAGACAACUCAUCAACACCCAACAUACCCUCGAUCUAUUAUCCUCUAGAUGCAAGGAACUCGGCCUGA